GCGAUCGAGGCUUGCGGCUGGGCUUUGGUUCUUCUGCUCAGGACGUCUUUUGGAUUUCCGGGCUUGAGCUCGUGGGUGUGCAGGCACAGCAGCUACACAGAAAAGAUGGGAGAGGAGGCCAAUGAUGACAAAAAGCCAACAACUAAAUUUGAACUAGAGCGAGAAACAGAACUUCGCUUUGAGGUGGAGGCAUCUCAGUCAGUUCAGUUGGAGUUGUUGACUGGCAUGGCAGAGAUCUUUGGCACAGAACUGACCCGAAACAAGAAAUUCACCUUUGAUGCUGGUGCCAAGGUGGCUGUUUUCACUUGGCAUGGCUGUUCUUUGCAACUGAGUGGCCGCACCGAGGUGGCUUAUGUCUCCAAGGACACCCCUAUGUUGCUUUACCUCAACACUCAUACAGCCUUGGAGCAGAUGCGGAGGCAGGCGGAAAAGGAAGAAGAACGAGGCCCCCGAGUGAUGGUAGUGGGCCCCACUGAUGUGGGCAAGUCCACAGUGUGUCGCCUACUGCUAAACUACGCAGUGCGUUUGGGCCGCCGUCCCACUUAUGUGGAGCUGGAUGUGGGCCAGGGCUCUGUGUCCAUCCCUGGUACCAUGGGGGCCCUCUACAUUGAACGGCCAGCAGAUGUUGAAGAGGGCUUCUCUAUCCAGGCCCCUCUGGUGUAUCAUUUUGGCUCCACCACUCCUGGCACCAACAUCAAGCUUUACAAUAAGAUUACGUCACGAUUAGCAGAUGUGUUCAACCAAAGGUGUGAGGUGAAUCGAAGGGCAUCUGUGAGUGGCUGUGUCAUUAACACCUGUGGCUGGGUCAAGGGUUCUGGUUAUCAGGCCCUGGUGCAUGCAGCUUCAGCUUUUGAGGUGGACGUGGUCGUGGUUCUGGAUCAAGAACGACUGUACAAUGAACUGAAGCGGGACCUGCCCCACUUUGUACGCACUGUCCUGCUCCCUAAAUCAGGGGGUGUAGUGGAGCGCUCCAAGGACUUCCGGCGGGAAUGUAGGGAUGAACGGAUCCGUGAGUAUUUUUAUGGGUUCCGAGGCUGUUUCUAUCCCCAUGCCUUCAAUGUCAAAUUUUCAGAUGUGAAAAUCUACAAAGUUGGGGCACCCACCAUCCCAGACUCCUGUUUGCCUUUGGGCAUGUCUCAGGAGGACAAUCAGCUCAAGCUAGUGCCUGUUACUCCUGGCCGAGAUAUGGUGCACCACCUACUGAGUGUUAGCACUGCGGAGGGCACAGAAGAAAACCUUUCUGAGACAAGUGUGGCUGGCUUCAUUGUCGUGACCAGUGUGGACCUGGAGCAUCAGGUAUUUACUGUUCUGUCUCCAGCUCCACGCCCACUGCCCAAGAACUUCCUUCUCAUCAUGGAUAUCCGAUUUAUGGAUCUCAAGUAGAGAUCAGCAGGAAGCCUUGCUGCCUGGGGCGUAGAGAUCUUCUGGCAAUCUCCAAGGGCAGGUGGGCUGAGAUAUGAGAAUCAAUUGGGGCCAGCUGACCAAUAAACUGUGGACUAGUAGAAAACAUAUAUUCUACCUGUUAAAACAUGGUGGUAAACCGACUCUUUGGAUCUUGAACCAAAAGGAAAACAAUGGGAAUAUAAUUGGUUUCUUAGAUCACCUAAGAUGCGACUUUGAAUUUUCUGAGACCCUGAGAAUUCCCUUUCAUUGUGCUACUAUGUGGAUUUUUUUUUAACCAACUGCUUUAUAUUUCAUAUACAGUAUUUGCUAACUCAUUUACCCAGGAUGAAAGUGUGAAU